AUGGCUCACUGGAUCUCUUCCAAGCUCAAAGCCGCUGAAACUCUCCUCCAUCAGAUCGAUAAGCAAGCUGCAGAAUCACUGGGUAAGAAUGAUAAGCCACGAUCUGAUGAACAAUUAGGUCUUGAAACCUCGCCAAGUAUGGGGGAAACUAGGUCAUUGAUUAAGGAGCAGCUCAAAAAGAAGGUGCCAGAAAAUGUCAGUGAGAAAAAUAAUUUAAGGGUAAUUAGUCGCAGUGAUAGUAAUAUUAAACGGGAUGAUGAUGUUGGGGUAUCAGUGAAUUUGAACUCGAAGUCAAACUCGAGGAGUGGACUUACUGAUAGUGAUUGGACAGAAUUAUUGAGCGUGCCAAAUAAAAAUGUGGCAUCCGGGGGUGUGAGUGGGAAUCAGAGUAGCAUUGGAGCGUUGGGGAUUAGGGGUUUGAAGAAAGAUGGUAUGAAACAAGGGAGAUUGGGUUCGAAGGUAUUAGAGGGGAAAAGGACUGAGAAUGGACAGAAUAAUGGUGUUCUGAAUGGUUCGAGAAAAUCUAAUGUUGAGUUGGAGAGUAACGCAAAUGGUGGUGGUAGUUCGGAUAGUGGGAGGGCAAGUGACGUGGGAGGAGUGAUGCAAAAAGCUACGAUAUCCAAAUUGCAGAGCGAUGGAGGUAAAUCAGAUCGAAAGGACAUGAGUGAUGCACUUGUGCCUGAUAACAAGUAUGAGGCAGAUGUAGGAAAAAAUGAGGAGGUGAAUGGCAAUGGAGAUGGAGAGAAGCUAUGUUCUACAGAUGGUUUGACAAAUGACGAUCAUCUCAUGGAGAUGGUGCCAGCUUCUCUUGAUAGGAAAUUGAAUAUGAAGUUUCAAGUGAAGGACGGCGAGAGGUUUAAGAGUGGAGUGUUAAAGAAUAAUAAAUCGAAAGUGGGUUCCAGAAGUUCAAGUUCUAUGAAGAAAGGUUCUUCUUCCCCAAGGGACGAAGAGUCUGAUUCUGAGACAGAUUCAACUUCAUCUUCAGAUUCAGAGAGAGAACGAGAGAGGGCAGAAAGGAUAAAGAGAAGGCAGCAGAUUCUGGCAGAAAGAGCAGCUGCCAAAGCAGUUGAGGCUAUCAAAGAUCGUGAGAAUCUGGUUGCUAAAUUGGAGGGGGAGAAACAGAGUUUAGAGAAAAUACUUGAAGAGCGGGCCAAACAGCAAGUACAAGAGGCUUCAGAAUUGCAGACAUCAAUGAUGGAGAUUAUGGAAGCUGCUGAUUUAGAGAAGCAGAAACAUAACAAUACUCGAAUGGAAGCACUCGUGAGACUGUCAAAACUUGAGACUGCAAAUGCCGACCUUGCAAGGUCUCUCGCUGCUGCGCAGAAAAACCUUGAAAUAGAGGUUGAUCGUAUCGCUGAACUUCGUCAAAAGAUUCAGUUGAAAGAAGGGACUCAUGAAGAAUUGAGAAGGAAAAUAUCUGUUACGUGCCUAAACGGGGACAAUCUGGUAGCUUCAAAAGGUGUCGAAUUUGAACUGAAGAUGCUUGAGGCUGAGUAUUCCUUUGUAACUGAUAAAGUGGAACGCUUGCAAGAAAAGGCAAAGACACUGGAAAUGAACAUUAAAACAACCCAAAGGGAGAUCGAGAAUCCAACUGAAGUGGAAAUUCAGCUCAAGCAAAGGCUUGAUCAGUUCACUGACCAUUUGAUUCAGAAGCAAGCACAGGUUGAGGCACUAUCCUCAGAAAAGGCAAUGCUGCUAUUCAGAAUCGAGGCAGUUUCAAGGUUACUGGAUGAGAACAAGUCAAUUAUGGAAUUAGCUGAUUUUCCCAGUGCCUCUUCAAGAGAUGAUCUAGAAUCCGGUGUAUGGGAACCCUAUAAUUCGAAGUUCAGGCCUUUAUUUAAACAGAAAAUUCGAUCCGGCCAGCUACAUUUGGGAUCAUUGAUUCGACAGUUGGAUUCGAUCUUUUCUUCCGGUGUCGUCUUUCUAAGAAGGAACUCGACUGCUAGGAUUUGGUCUGUCGUCUACCUUGUAUGCCUUCAUCUAUGGGUGUUAUACAUUCUAACGUCACAUUCUCCUGUCUCCGAUGAUACUAUGUCUGGUGCUGUUGUUUCCCUGGAGAAUAUAAACAACACUGGAUCUGUCUAA